CAAACUUAAAUACCUUGGUUUAAAGUUUUUGCUUGAGUAAUUUUUUUCCCGCUUCUUACUGCUCAAAGGCUAAAGUAUGAAUUAACCAAUGUUUCUCAUUAUCCAUUUCUAUUGACGUAUGUUUACACUGAUCAAAAUGCCAAAAUAUGAUUUGAAUUGUGAAUUAAUUUAUGUUUCUGUUUUGCGAGAAACAAGCAAUGUGCUGCUCGGGGAAAUAGGAAGAAUUCAAAAAGAUUUGGUCAUGGUACUAGAAAGCAGGAUUAUGUUGAUGUCCUUCUUUCCAUAUACAAAGAUGGUUUUUGCCCGGAUCUCCUGAAGUUGGUUUCCAUAAAAGCUGGAUCAUGCAUUCAGAUAUCUGCAUUGACUGAGUCUCUCUUUUGGCGUGCAGAAAGACUCUUUUUCUUGAAUGGGGAGCAGGAUUUGUCCUCAUUUUUACUUGUGGACUUGGGCAUUGUGAAGUAUCCCACUUACAAGUGUACAUUCAUGAACCAAAUGUUUCCAAACCGAAGUCAACUGCUUUCUUAUGAAAUGGCUAUCGAGGUUGCUCAAAUAAUAGACGAAUAUCUUGAUGAAGACAAUGCUGAGAUGGUGUCAAAAUGCAUAGACAUUUCUGUCUUUCACAUUUCAAUCUCUUUAAAGGAAGAGGGGUUAUCGAGUUCUGACUCUAUGGCUGCUUUUUUGUCUUGCUUCACCUCUGCAUUUAUCUACUCUAAAGUGGUCCUAUUAGGUGUUUCUUUUCUUGAGCAUGAACGAAGGUAUGUUGGUUGGGCAUAAUGGUCAAAGGGAUAUUCGUUACUUUAUCGCUCGUGAAAAUGACUUUUUAUUGAAGCUAAAUGCCUGGAAGAAUAUGAUUCUCAUCAUUGGAAGUUACGAUUCCCAUAACUUUUCAACAACAUUGUGCAUUUUGUUUAUAGCCAUUUCUGGCUGAACACCUUGAUAAUUACUACUGGCAUUUCCAGAACCUGAGCAAUGUGCAUGAAUGAAGUCCCCACAUAUCUGAGCACAACAUAAUCAAUAUUUGUACUGGUUAUAUUGGUUUACAUGGAAAUAUUUUUUCUGGAAACAUUUUUAGACUUUCUUAUGUUUGGCUCAUGAAAAUAGAAAACACUUCCAAUGGUGCAGAUUUUUACUUUUAGUAGGGAAAGUCAUUUUCCUGUUUUUGCGGGACAAACAUUAUACAUGGAACAAUGAAAACACUCAAGGAAAGUAUCAUCCAUGGAAAUUAUUUUCCCCAACAAGUUAUUUUCCCUGAAAGUAACAGAACACAGUACUCCGUAUUAAUUAUUGUUAUAAAAAUGCAACUUUUACCUACGUGUGUCUUACUUGGCAAGGUACAAUGAUGCAAUCAUAUUACUCAGGAAACUGCUAGAUAGUUUCAAAAAUGACAGGAGAAGGGGAUAUUGGACUCUGAGACUUUCGAUUGACCUGGAGCAUGUUGGGUGUCCCGAUGAGAGCCUUCAAGUUGCUGAAGAUGGGUUAUUGGAUCCGUGGGUCCGUGCUGGCUCAAAGUUGUCCCUGCAACAGCGGGUUCUGCGGUUGGGUAAGCCCCCACGGCGCUGGAAAACACCAAGCUAUUGUAAAUCUUUAAAAAGGAAAAUUCCUGAGGUCCUUGUUCAAGGCAGGCCGCUGAACUGCAAAAUGGGGAUGAAGAGUACAUUUUAUGGUGAAGAUGGUGAACGGUGUGGGGUAGAACAACUUGCUCUCCAAUACUAUGCUGGAGAAGGAGGUAGCUGGCAGGGUGUUCAUACGGAAAGUGGUAUUUGGUUAACCCUUUUUGGGCUUCUGAUGUGGGAUGCUAUAUUUGCCGAUGUUCCAAAUGUAUUUUGCACUAAGUUUCAGACAGCACCUCUGGAUUUGGAGACUGAUAGCUUCUACGAGGUUAGAAAGAGGGAGAUAGAAACAGUACUAGAAAAGAUUCAGGGUGGGAUGGCAGAAGAGAUACUCAUCACUUCAUGGGAAUUACAUAAAGGGACAUCAUGCAGAGGGGUAAAGUGGGAAAGGCAUUCUCUGUCCCAACUCAGAGCAGCUGUGGCUUGCAUUGGAGGCUCUUGCACCGCAUCAAUAUGCCGGAAUUUGGCCCAAGAUUACCGGAGCUGGUCUAGUGGGAUGCCCGACUUGUUACUGUGGCGCUUCCACGACAACUACAGAGGCGAAGCAAAACUUGUUGAAGUGAAAGGCCCAAGAGACCGACUCUCUGAACAACAGCGUGCUUGGUUGCUCUUUUUGAUGGACUGUGGAUUCAAUGUUGAGGUAUGCAAGGUAACCCACUCUCUUUUAUAGUUCCCUUGUAAUGAAAUUCAUUCAAUAUAUUUUCAAACUAUGAUAUUGUUACACACUACGAUUAUUUGAAUCAUAGAAUUGACAUAUCAAAGUCCAGUAUUUAUAAGAAUCCAGGAACGUAUCCCAUUUUGUGCAGUAAAUAUAAGCAUUUAAAUGAU